AAAAAAAAAAAAGGUUCAAAAAAGACCGUUAACAUUUGACUGUGAUAGUUGUUGGGAUUUCGUCUAGUCUAAAUCUGAUUCCAUGACUACAGUUCUUUCAGAUCACGAAUUGUUCUUACUAGCUGCUACAUCAAGUUCGAUUAUUUAUUUAGUUUUAAGUUAUCUUUAUGGAAGAUCUCAAAUCCCGGUGUUAGUGGCAGUGUUCGUUUUCUCAAAUAUGAUAUCUCGGACUAAUCUAUUUCAAUCAUUUAUCCAAAAUUCAGUUCCAUACUUCUCCAAACUCAUAGAUAGAAUAGUCGGUCUCCAGGCCACAAGUUUACCUAAACUUUCAUCUUCAAAAGGUCCUGGUUAUGAUAAAUUCUUGGCUUUGAGUGAUAAUUCGCAAUUAGAAAUCUUAACUGCUGUAAAAUCCUUACAAGCAUAUGCUACUAAUUCCAAGAAAACUAAUGAUAGAAGACGAAAACUUUUCAAAUUGAUGACUUGGAGACAACAGAAGUUAUGUGAAGAUAUUGGUUAUUUAGAUAAAUUGAAAAAAAUUGAUACCUCGAUCCAAUCAAAUCAAUCCUUCUUAAAUGCGAUUGCAGAUAAAUCAGUAACUGAUUUUGGAUUAUCUUAUCAUGAUUUUGAAAAAUUGAAAAAUGAUAGUAGUUCCAAUCAAACAUCAUCUACUAACUACAGAGUCAUUGAAGCGAUUGGUCACUAUUUAAGAGAUUGGAAUGUGGAAGGCUUCUCCGAACUUAAUCCUAUUUUGAAAUAUGUCAGACAACAAUUAGAUGCUACAGUUCCUGUAAAUAUGAGAGAAAAGACAUGUAUAGUUAUUCCUGGUUCGGGAUUAGGUAGAGUAGCUCAUGAAGUUGCUAAAUUUGGAUCUGAAAAAGGGGAGCCUACCUUCGGGGCUGUUUAUGGGGUAGAGUAUUCAGGUUUAAUGCAUGCUUGUAAUCAAUUCAUAUAUGCAGAUAAAUCGUCAGACAAUAAAACAUCAACUGCCAAAACUUUUGAAUUAUUCCCUCAUGUUCAUUCUUGUUCUAAUUUAUAUGAUACAGCUUCACAAUUCCGGAAAGAAAAAGUCCAACAAUUAACUUCAAAACCCGAUAAUUUACAUUUACUGCAUGAAGAUUUCAGAUAUUUUAAGAUAGAUACUCCAAACAAAUUUGAAAAUAUCAUAGUUGUAUCAGUAUUCUUCAUUGAUACAGCUGAAAAUUUAAUCAAUUACUUGGAUGCAAUUCAUAGUUUAACCACACCAAAUUCAAGAAAUAAUAACAUCAAGAGAGGUCAUUGGAUUAAUGUUGGUCCUUUGAAAUACGGAAGUGCAGCACAAGUUGAAUUGAAUGCCGAUGAAUUAAAACAAAUUAGAGCUAAAAUGGGUUGGGUUGACAAAGAUUAUAAAAGUAGUUUACAUAGCAAUCAAAUUACUGAAAAUGGGUUAGUCGGUUAUGUAACGGAUAAAAGUAGUAUGUGGCAAGGUUACUAUGGUUUAACAAUGUGGAAUUCCGCUAGAAAGGAAAACUCUACAAAAUAAAGUAAAUAAUUUGCCAUUCUUCUUGUAUAUAGCUAAAAAAAUGCAU